CCUCCUCCUCCUCAGCCCCAGAGUCCCACUGGACCGACGGACAAAACAGACAGACAGUGAGAGGAGAGCCAGAGCUGAGUUUACUGGGAACAUGUAGAUUGGUCCAUGCACGCUGCAGAGCGCACAGGUUUCCGCCGAGCCCCCUGCGUGGAUGCGAGUGAAUGGGUUCGUCUCAGUGUGUGUGUGGUGCUGAACUGGGUCAUGCGGACCACUGGAGGAGCGAAAGAUAAACACGCACCCUCCUCCCGCUGCUUGGCAGGUUGAGAUGGUGGGCGCUCAGAGGAGGGAUCCCAGCCUGCGUCCUCAUCUCAGCCUCCAGCAUCAGAUGAUGCUUUGAUUUAAUCCGCCUCCGAAGAAAGUCACAAACUGUAGAGCAUCUCCAGAAAGACACAGGACGGGAAUCAUCUUCUUGGGCGGGCGGCAGCAAGGCAACAAAGCACAACGACUAGAUCUGAUCCGAGCUCUGUCAGCUGUGAAAUUGCAAGCUUUUUUUUUUAGGUGCUUAAAGGACCUGCACAGGUUUUCAAGCACCUAUAGCUGAUCGAUAACUUUGAAACGAGGAGAUCCAUUCAUCAGUUUCCUGCAGAGCCCGGCGGAUCACAGCGGAGCAGAGCGCAGCAGCUCUGCUUUCCGAGCGGAUGCAGGACCAUGGAGGAGAGAGACAGGUCGCCAGCAGUCUGCCCCACAGCGUCAAGGCGAGCCUGUCUCUUUCUCCAUCUGGGCCGGGACGAGUUGGCAGCGGUGGGGGCUCCCCUACAUCCAAGAUGGGCUACUGCGGAGGGGUGCCCGUGGAGGACAUGCAGGCCUUGGCCAUCACCUCUCUGUCGGCAGCAGAUGUAGCCAAACAAUAUGAGCACAUCCGUGAGCUGGGGAAGGGCACUUAUGGCAAGGUGGACCUGGUGGCACACCGGACACAAGGCACCAAAAUGGCGUUGAAGUUUGUUACCAAGAACAAGACGAAGCUCAAGAGUUUCCUGCGGGAGUACAGUCUAACAGGCUCACUUAGCUGCAGCCCUUUUAUUAUCAAAGUCCUGGACGUGCUCUUUGAGACAGAGGACAGUUAUGUGUUUGGACAAGAAUAUGCCCCCGCUGGGGACCUCUUCGACAUCAUCCCCCCACAGGUUGGUCUGCCAGAGGAAAUGGUCAAACGCUGCAUGCAACAGCUGGGCCUGGCGCUGGACUUUAUGCACAGUAAAAACCUGGUGCAUCGGGAUGUCAAACCUGAGAAUGUGCUUCUAUUUGACCGCGAGUGCCGCCGCAUCAAGCUGGCUGACUUUGGUAUGACCCGACGAGUUGGAUGCCGUGUCAAACGGGUGAGUGGCACCAUCCCCUAUACCGCGCCGGAGGUGUGCCGCGCAAGCCGUGCUGAGGGUUUCCUCGUGACAACCAGUCUGGAUGUGUGGGCAUUCGGCGUGCUGGUCUUCUGUAUGCUGACAGGAAAUUUCCCCUGGGAGGCAGCGUUGCCGGCUGAUGCUUUCUAUGAGGAGUUUCGACGCUGGCAGAAAGCAGGGUGUCCCGUGGGGACGUACCCGUCUCAGUGGCGCCGCUUCACUGAUGAUGCCUUGCGCAUGUUUCAGCGGCUGCUCGCUGCUGAGCCAGAAAAGCGCUGUGGCGUCAAGGACGUCUUCUGUUUUGUCAAGUACGAGCUGGUCAGCGAGCUCAGGCGCCGAGCAUCUUGCCGAGCCAAGAGAGGCGAGAGGUCAAGCUCGGGAGUGUGUACUGGCAGUUGCACUUCCUCCUCGACCUCCACUUCAUCACGUUCCUCCCACAGACACCCCGAGCCCUCCACCCCUCCAGGAACAUCCUGCCUGCGCCCGGCACCACUCAAACGCAGCGUCCUGUCCGACCCGCUAUCUCCCAGAGAGGAGUCUGGGCAGCACCAGUCUCCAGGCCGAGACAAGAACAAAAGCCAGAUGGUGAUGGCAACUGCCAUCGAAAUCUGUGUGUGACCACGCUAAUGUUAGCAGUGGAGACUAGAUGGCUUUUCACAGUAAUAACAAGCUGUGAAGAGGUGCUAAUGACUACCACAGAGACUCCACUGAAAAAGGAGAGGUACUUUAACCAUGAAAGAGAAGCUCAGGAUCACAUCCCCGGCUGUGGAAAUGGACAUCAUCAAUCAGCGGUACGCGCUCGGACAGCUUAUCACUGGCACAUGCCGUUUAGGUUUUGAUUUGUGACCAAAGACUGCUUCCCAAGCUGAGAGGCAGUUUAAGAGUCCGAUCCUCUCAGCAGCUCACUCUGCCAUCCACACAUUUGUGUUUUCUGCCCAUACACUGUGGUGGUGCUAAUGAUUCUAUAAUUAGAUACUCCAUAAAAAAUGGAUUCUGUCUUUUCUCACUCAUCACUCCAUGUCUCUUUUAUGUUGUGUCUCUUAACUAGUGUUUAUUCAUCUCGUAAUAUAAGCUCCAGGGAGGCCAAAGCUUAAUCUGAUCGGGCGAUGCCGUUCAGUCGGAGGCCGGUGAUCUGAGGGCAAAUCUACGCAACUAUGUUCCUUCCUCUUUUUCUUAGACUUCCUGCCAACUUCCAAUGCAUAAAAUUAGUCUUUCUCCAGAGAAAGUGUUAUAAAGAGAAAAAUCUGAAAAAAAGAAACCUUUAUGUAGCAGUUUGUAUGAGAUGUCUUUUCAUGUAGGUGUCUAGACGUAGAGACAGAUUCUCAGAGAUAGGCAUCACCUCAGGACACUUCAGUGGGCCACUUCCUGUUUUAUUAUUAAUGGAAAUCCAUUGACUGGCUGAAACACACAUCUGCCACUUCUGAACUGCUCUCAAUGAGAUUCAUUUCCAAUGGAACAAAAUAGAAUACAGGGACUGUACAUUUUCCGAGUGAAAACCCCCCCAGUGGUGAACAAAGAAGAGGAGAAGAAAUGUCUUUUUAUUGUUUCUUUUCUACCUGCUGUGUGUGUUUGGAUGUGUAUGUGUGUGUUUCAAAUGCUAAAGCACAAGAUUUUUGUAAAGGAGGUGGUGAAAACUACGACUCUAUAUUGUAAAUAAUUUGAUAUUUCUAGGAGUGCACCGUAUUAUCAGGUAGUUCAACUAUGUAGCGGUACUAAUUUUCUAUGACAGGGAAAGGGGUUUGGGGGUUUUACAGUUACUGUUGGGGCAAUGCACUGUAUGUAGCAACAAGAUAUCAUAGAAUGUACAGUAUAUCACCACAAAUUAAAUAUAUAGAAAUAUGAUUAAGAGCCUAUCACAAUGUAUAACAAGGUAGCAGCUGCUGUUCUCUUUUUUAUUUUAUUGUUUUUGGGUUUUAUCUGAAACACUCUUGACCCACAUUGGUGAAUAGACACCACCUAUUCCUGCAUUUUCCAGUCACCUUAUUACGAGCAACAUCCACUUCCUGUGUCAAAAUCAUCGUGCUUCCUGGUUGUCAAUGAGCACAGCCCAUUCUGUCUUCAUUCAAUCAGUUAAAGCUACCAAGGGGCUGCUUUGCAGGUCGAUGCCUUUGCAAAUUAAUUUACCAGCAUCGCAAAAGGUGUUCCAAUAUUUGAUUAUCAAGAUGCAACAUUAACACACAAUCCCGACUGCUCAGAAUACUCUGAUGCAUCCGCUAUGCUCACUAUGUUUAAUUAAAUCUUCCUGCCUCUCUUUGGGAAUUCAUCCAAAUAUACCCCUUGAAUAACAGAGCCCAGGUGUUUAUUGUCUGCAGGGAUGACCUCUGUGUCAGCUAUUGAUGUUCUGCGAGCUGAUGAUUGACCCUGACCGGCGCGCUGCUGCAGCUUCCAAAGACAUACUGCUAAUUAUGUGAGCAUCUAAAAAGCAGAGUAUCUCCAAUGUGAAUGCUUCAGUGCGUGCUCAUUACCAUCAUUUUUCUUGCUUGAAUUGCGUUACUGUUAUGUCAGUCAGGUGUGUGCGCGCCCAUGUCCGUGUGUGUGUGUGUGUGUGUGUGUGUGUGUGUGUGAAUGUGUCUUCACUUUCCUUAUUUCCCCACUCCUCCCAUGACAGCCCAUCAGCUCUGUCGCUAUAGUGACAGUGCCGCUGCUCCUCCAGUUCGCCUUCUGUCCUCUUCUUGAAAAUCAAGUCUAAUUGCGCCCAAAUGAAACAACUGGUCGCCAACCGCCCUCCCAGUCGCCCUCGGCUCCUCGUGACAGUUGCUUAGCUUAUUAUACUGGAUGACACAUUUUUGCAGAUACACAUUUUCCUGGAUUUUAUGAGCCACUUCACAGACCAAGGUCUUUAUUCAGUCUCAUCAGGCGUAAUCAGAACUGUUGAUGGUCCCCAUCAUCUCCCCUUGUCUCUUUCCAUCGUUACUCUUGAUUCUGCAAAGGUGACCUGAUUGAGGCUGAAGACUUGUCAGAGGGAUAUAUUGUAUGCUGAAAUGCUGGCUGCCUCAUACGAUCUGUCAUAAGGUAAUCCAUCAGUAGAUAGAGGUGGAAUGUGAAUUAGCCCUGCCCUACAUCUUGCUACUCUGUUUGUGUGAUAAAGUGGGAUCUACAAAAAGACAGGGAUUAGACGGAUGGCGUGCGAGAGGUCAUAUAAAGUAACGCAACUCAACCUAACUUCAUGCAAAAUAAUUUAACUUAGUGUGACAUGGUAACAUACUGUGAAAUGUUACGUAACAUACAUACAUAACAUGACAAAGAGCAUGACAUAACAUAACAAGACGCAACAUCAUGUAACACAAAAUUACAGAACCUAUUACUGCAUGUAAUCUCUUACAGAUAUCAUGUAUUCACAAUCUCAACGAGACAACGUUUUGAUAUCAGAAGCAUUUUGGUUUCCAUUUUUAGUCCGAAUAGUACUGACCAAUCACGUUUAUGCAGGCUUUGGUUGCACGCAGGUAAACAGUCCAUGUGAAGCACACUGGUUGAAAUGCAAUCUCAGAACCCUUCUGUUUACAGAGAUUAGUCAACAUGUCGUCUGGACCUAGCAUAUUCACGAAAAGUUGUUGACAGGACCGUAAACAGUGUUCGGCAUUUGGAAGAGGAAGUCUUGGCCCGGAUUUCUGUUACUGGCUACACCAGAACCCCCGAAAUAUUGACUGUUGCUCCCAGCCCCCAGGAACAGCGCCAUGCUUUGAAGCCAAUUUGACAUAGUGGCCAAACAGUGGAAUUACAACUGGAAUUCAUCAUCUGGAAUCACAGAUUUUUCCCAUAGAUUUAUGCUGUUAAAGAGACGUCUGUAAAUCAGUGGAUUUUUUAAACCAUUAUGUCCUAAAAGUUGUAAAAUUUAACAAGAGCCAAAUCAAGAGUUAUUAUCCACCUGUCAUUGAUGUUAGCAAGCCCAAGACGGAGCAAUUUGGAGGCGGGGUUAAAGGAAACACGCAUGCGUUUGCUUUACGGGCCGAUGGAUACGGUAGAUCCGGGGAAUUCUAUACUCGGAAUUUGACCUUUAAUUCCAAGCCCCCAGGAACAGCACUGGGCUCUGAAAGUAAUUUUACAUAGGGGACAAAUUCGGAAUUAUAGCUUCGGGGUCUAUCACGUGAGAAGACACCAAAAAAACAUUUUCCCAUAGACUUACAAUGUGAAAGAGACGUCUGUAAAUCAGUGGAUACAAACUGACUUGUUUCACAAUUUUGAUUUGAUCGAUUCACUCUGGUAAGUGAAAGUCUAGAGGAGUCGCACAAUUAAAUCGUUUUUAAUACCUGUCAAGUUAGUCGAGCACUAAACUGGAAGUUAGUUGCUUGGCCACUGUAAGUCUCUAGUGCGCUCGCUCUUUAGGCCACAUGAUGCAGAUGAUCUUGGUAAUAUUUUACCGUGGAAAUGAAACUUUUUUGACUUCAUGCAACACUAAGCAAGUUUAAUAUAGAAUGAAUGGGGAUCCAAUUCCAACCCUGUAUCCAGUUCUCUUUAUACUGUACAUCCAUGGCUGUCCCCAGAGGCUAAAUAGCCAUCAAACAAUUAGCCAGUGGGUUCUGAGAUUGCAUGUACCUCCCAACAUGUAAGUGUGACAGUGAUCUGACAUAAGCAGCUGCAGCUUUGUUAAACAUCAUAGCCAUUAGCAUCAUUAAACCACCAGUUGUUGCAAUGUGCAAUGCUGUUUCUCACUGACUGUUAUGACAGGAGUUGUCAAGUUUAAUGAUGAGGUGUCAGAUUAUAUCUCUGGAAAGUAGCCUUCCGUUUACCCAGUCUGUCCUGAUCCGACGAUCAAACUGUUUUCUGCCAGCAAGUGUUGUUGUAGAAUCUAAUGUAAAUACUGUAUGUACUGUGUCUUUAACAAAACAAAAAAAAGAAUAAACAAAAUGGUAAUAUAUGUUGAAAUAAAUUUAUGCACCA